AGUACUCAUAAGCCGCUGAAGCUCAACGCAAGUGAAGAUGAAGAUGAAGCUGAAGCUGAAGCUGCCGCGGAGCAAUUGCACAGGGACGUGGCUGCUGGGAGGAUUGCUGCUCCUGCUGGGGCUGCACUGGCACUCUGCCCUCGGCAAGGAGGAGCAUGAGGUGUUGCUGCUGGAGAUGGACUCGGAUGCGGACGCGGACGCGGACUGCCAGCAGCAGAUGAAGGAUGACAUGGAUACCACGGAGUCGGCCUGCGAGAACUUUCACGAGUACGCGUGCGGCAACUGGCACCCGAACAGCUCGCAGCGCGCCUUUGGGGCCCACGACAUGCGCAGCCAGUGGGCGGCGGUGCACAAGCAGCGCCUGGUGCGGCACUUCAGCCAGGUGUCGUCGAGUGCGGAGCCGGAUCAGCUGGCUACCUUCUACGGCAACUGCAUGUCCGGGCAGCAGAGUGUGCGUGUCUACACGGAGGCCUUGGAGCGCAGGACCUACUGGCCGCUGCUCAGCAACGACUCUGCCACCUUCGACUGGGUGGCGGCCUCGGCGGGGCUGCGUCGCUUCGGCGCGCAGGGCUUGUGGCGGCUGAAGGUGCAGCCCAACUGGCAGGCGGCAGACCAGAGCAUAUUCUACCUGCUGCCCCCCUCCUUCGAGAUGCUCGGCUCCAGCCCCAUCUCGGAGUUCCUCUACCAGCGCUAUCUCAAGAGCCUGCUGCUGGAGCUGGGGCUGCGGGUGCGCCGCGCCUCCGCCCUGGCCGCGCAGCUGGUGGACUUCGAGCAGAGUCUGCGGCAGCUGCUGCCCCUGGACGUGGAGCAGACGCUGGUGCUGCGCGAGCCCCAGUCGCUCGGCCAGCUGGAGCAGCAGCUGCCACAGCUGCAGCUGCGGCGCUACUUCGAUCUCCUGCUGCAGGGUCUUCCCUCAGGCGCCACCGAGAAGCUGCUGGUGGUGGCCGAUCUGGAGUACCUGAGCCGCCUGCAGCGCCUGCUGCAGCGCCCACACAGCGUGGAUCCCCUGGUGCUCUCCACCUGGCUGCUGCUCAAGCUGCCCGCCCACGUUGAGCUGCACCAGUACGACGAGGAUCCGCUGAAGGUGCGGCAGCGCCACUGCCUCGAGCGGCUCAGCAUUCUGAUGCCCCGCCAGCUCUCGCAGCUGCUGGUCCGCCUCUCGCUCGGGGAGGAUCCCGCAGCGUACGAGGGGCAGGUGGUGCGCGCCCAGCGGCUGUUCAGCCGCCUCCAGGCGCAGUUUGAGCGCCAGCUGAACGAGACGGACGUGUUCGAGGCGGACCCCAGCACCCAGACGCUGGCCAUACAGAAGCUGCGCAACAUGCGCCUGAUCCUGCCCCAAAUAGAGGCGGAGGCUCCCGGCGCCGGCGCCCAGCCGCUGAGCGGCAACUAUGACGAGAACCUGCUGCAGUUGUCCCAGAGUCGAGCUCUGGCCGAGUUUCGGCUGGUGGUGGACUGCCAGGAGAAGAGCUGCGAUGGCGCCCAGCCUGCGGAUCGCAACAGCCUGAACCCGCUCUCCGUCAACGCCUACUAUCGGCUGAAGCAGAACGCCGUUGUGCUGCCACUGGGGCUGCUCACCGCCCCGUCGCUGGAGCGCUGCAGAUGGAUCAAUGCGAUGGAUCAGACGGCACGAUUGUCCGGCAGCAUGGGCUCCAUCCUGGGCCACGAGAUGGUGCACGCCCUGGACUAUGAUGGCAUCAACUACGAUGCCAGCGGACAGCUGAGCAACGGCCAGUGGCCACCGCGGGCCAUCAUACGGUUCGGGCUGCGCGCCGCCUGCUACCUGGGCUCCCGCUACAGCAACGCCACCCUCACCAUCAACGAGAACAUUGCGGACAGCGAGGGACUGCGUCUGGCCUUUGAGGCCUACCGCCACCAGCGCACGCACCGCGGUGUCACCGAUCCCCGCGGCCUGAAGACCUUCUUUGUGGCCUUUGCCCAGAACUGGUGCGGCAGUGCCCCGUCCUCGAGGGGUGCUGGUGCCGGGCAGCAUGCGGCGCACUCGGAGCGCGUCAACAAUGUGCUGGGCAACUUUCCCGAGUUCCUCGAGAUAUUCCAGUGCAAGGCCGGCAGUCAGAUGAGUCCCCCAGACAAGUGUCGCAUUUGGUGAGGAGGCGCUCAAAGGGCAUCACCGACGGGUGACUUUUUCAAUAAAUAAAUGUGUGACUGUACGCCCAUGGUUGAGGUGUAUUUACAAGUA